CAUUCUUCAGGAGUGCGCCAAAGAAGUCUGACGACACUCAGACUCUGGAUUGAUCUUUUCAGGUAAUGACACCAUUACCAUGAACCAUAACUCAUACCAACUAUCCUACUCUGCUGCAGCACUGGAUGAAACUUCAUUGGAUGCAGAGACUGCAGAAUCUGUAAAUUUGGAUUACGUUCCAAGCAAGACGAAGAAUAUAAUGCUUCCUUGUUGGCAGACCAAGAAAAGGACAGGAGGAGGCACUGCUAUGAGGUUUUGGAAGAAAGAUGGACAAAGGUUGGUGCUGCCACUCAAUUUAAUUUUUAUUUAAAGUGUUUUUCUAGUGUGAAAGUUUUUUUUUUUAGGCCAUUGAGGAAAGACGUCAGCGAAUGGCUACCCUUGUGGAACCCCUAGAUGGAGAUGUAAACAAGAGGAAAUUCAUCAUGUCUGAGCCAAUUCAGGUCCUGUUUGAUUUUAUUGGACAAGAUGAAAUGGCCAGUGAAGUUUUUAAGGUCAGGGAAGCUGCAUCUUCAAAAGAUGUUGAGAGCACUUCUGCUGGGUCAAUUGCAGAUCAUGGCAUAAAACCAUCCUCUACUUUGUAUGUCCUUUGGAUGUCAGCUUUGGAUAAUCUGGAAAUACAUUGUGACCCGGUAAACUUUACCCAGCCUUUAGUAGCUCCUCCCUUUGCUCAGUCUUCAAUGGCUCUGUCCUCAGUCCAGGCUGCCGUUGCUCCACCCUCUGCCCAGCCUCUAGUGGCUCCGCCCUCUGUCCAGCCUCUAGUGGCUCUGCCCUGUGUCCACACUCUAGUGGCUCCGCCCUCUGCCCAGCCUCUAGUGGCUCCGCCCUCUGUCCACCCUCUAGUGGCUCUGCCCUCUGUUCACCCUCUAGUGGCUCUGCCCUCUGCCCAGCCUCCUGUUGUUCCUCCCUUUGCCCCGACUCUAGUUGCUCUAGCCUCUGACCAGGAAUCAGACAUUUUCCUUGAAGACCAGUCACCCCUUAGUCCUCUAUCUCCCCAGUCAUCAGUCAUUGAUCUUACAGAUCAAGAGAGGUCUGUUUCCCCUACUCUUUCCCACCAGGAUUCCCCUCUUCACUAUGUGGCACCUAUAGAUGAGUGUGUUCCUAUAAGUCACUAGUAAUUCUUAAAAAAUAUUUUUAUGCAUUUUUUUUAUGCAAAGGACUUCAGUUGC